GUAUACUAAUCGGGACGAGGGCUGGGAGGUGCUGCGUGGUCUGCACACACAGAGACUGGCUGGCUGGCUGGCGUUGGCUUUUCGACGCCAGUGCCAGCGGCGGCUCUUCCCUUUCGCUGCCACCCCUGCUCUCUCUCGCUCGCUCGCUCUCUCUCUCUCUCUCUCUCUCUCUCACACACACACACACACACACACACUCAGCGCCUCACACGCACUUCACUUCUCCAGCCGGGGGCCAGUCAGUGCUCGCUGAGAGGGACUUCCUCUUCAGGGAAAGAAGCUGCGCGGGGACUUUUUCCCUUUCCCUGUCACUCAGGAGCCUUGCCCUUUCCUUCGCUCGCUGAGGGGGCGGCGGCGUCCUCAUUCCCAAGAAGGACAGGGACGCACACUCUUUCUUUCGUUCUUUCUGUCUGUCUCUCUUUCUCGGCUCGGGGCCGGAGCCGUCAUGUGACCGACUUGGGCUGCAGGGACCCCCCCCCCGGCCUCCCUCCGCGCCAUGAGUGAACUGGAGGCUGCUGGGCAGCAUCCAAGCCGGCGCCAGGUAGAGCUCAGGCUGCCGCUCAGCCUCCUCUCCUGCCUGCUCCUGGUCUGGACCAAAGAGAUCGCGGCGCUGGCGGACUUCUCAGGUUAUCUAACCAAACUUCUGCAAAACCACACUGUGCAUGCCUGUGAUGGUGAUCGCUUGAGUCUGCAGUGUCCUCGACAUUCAACAAUAAGUGUCCAAUCUGCAUAUUACGGGCAAGCUUACCAAUUGUGUAGUGAACAACAUCCAGAAGCCACGAUGAAAGAGCCCCUAAACUGUGUGGCAUCUACUACUUUGCAGAAAGUACUGGAUGAAUGCCAGGAUCUGAGAGCCUGCCAACUCCUUGUCAAUAGUCGGGUUUUUGGACCUGAUCUAUGUCCAGGAAUCACUAAAUACCUUCUAGUCUCCUUUAAAUGCAAACCUACUGAAUAUAAAACCAGAUUAGUGUGUGAGAAUGAAGAACUGAAACUCCACUGUAAAGAGUCGAAAUUCCUUAACAUCUAUUCUGCCUCAUAUGGCAGGGCUGCACACAAGGAGGACACCUGUUCUACAGAAACGGGCCACUUCCCUCAGUUUGAUUGCUUCUCCUACUCAGCUUUAGCAGUAUUAUCUAAGAUGUGUUAUGGGAAACAGAGGUGCAAAAUCUUUGCUAACAACCAUAACUUCGGAAGACCAUGCCUGCCUGGUGUGAAAAAAUAUCUCAACGUCAGCUAUGCAUGUGUUCCCAAAUUCAUAUUUGCAGCAGUUGAUCCAAUGGUUAAUCUAAACCCUUCUUGGAAGCCAAAAGAAGGUAUAAAUUUUGACCCAAAAGAAUCAAGAUUUCCAAAGAAAGAAGGAAUUAUAGUUAGCAACAGUUUGGCUAUGUUUGCUUACAUUAAAGAUCACCCUGAAAGAGCUGCUCUCUUGUUUGUGUCUAGUGUUUGUGUUGGCCUCGUGCUCACACUCUGUGCUCUGGUGGUCCAUGUGUCAUGCUCUAAUGACCUGGAAAAACUGCGGAGGGCCAGAAAGCGCUUGAUACCAGAGGACAAAAAGGCUGACGAAAGCAGUGAAGAGGAGGAGGAGGAGGAGGAGGAGGAGGAGGAGGAGGAAGACGAGGAGGAGCAGGAAGAGGAAAGAGAGGAUUCUUCCAGUUCUGAUUUUCCUGAUGAACUAGCAGGGCUCUGCAGGACUUCCUAUUCAGCUUAUUGUUCAAUGGACCCAGCUGAACUUGCUGAAAGGAUAGAGCGGAGAGAACAGAUCAUCCAGGAAAUCUGGAUGAGCAGUGGGUUGGAUGCAUCUCCUACUAGAAGCCUCAGUCCAUUUUAUACCAAUGAACAGCAAUGCAUUUGUUUUGGAUGAAAAAAGCUAUUUUUGCAAUAAAAAAGAAGAAAAGAAAGGGGGAGAAAUGUACUUUCUGUGAAGGAACAUUUGCAACUCCUAGAAAUAAUUAUUUGAAAAGUUAUAUUAUUAAUAAUUAUAAUUAAAUGCUUUAAAAUGUGUGUGUGUGUGUGUGUGUGUGUGUGUGUUGCAUAUGCUGACUUUAUGCCUCUGAUUAAUUGUCCAUUAUCAUUCUGUCUAAACCAUUUCAGUUUGAAAAUGAAUGACCGUAUUAAAAACCAGUACAACACACAUUUCCACUAAGGUAUUUCUGAACAUUUCUGAAAGGUAUUGAAGAUAAAAAGAGAGGCCACUGCAGAACUAAAUGGGUCACUUUGCAGAUUUCUUUUCAAAAUAAUCUUUAGAAAAAUCCCACAAGGUUUAGGCCAAUCAAAUCUAAAGUUAAAUCAGAAAUUUAUUCCUUUAGAAGAAUGUCUCCCACAUUUAGUCACAAUCUGUAGGAACUCGAAGAACAAAAGGAGGAAAAAUGUCACUUCCUACUUGUGAUACUUAGGAGUUGUCCGUUCUUUCCCUAUGCAGAACUCACACGUUAAUGUAGUAGCAUAAAAUAUACUGGGUGGGGUGGACUUUUGGCUUUUCAUUUCCUAUUGUUUUAAAGGAAAAUUGGAGCUUGGGAAAAAUUAAUAGAAGGGAACAUUUCCCACUUACUAAUGAGUGAGCUCAUACGGAAUCAGAAAACCUUCAGCCUGAUUCAUUUCCUAGUAAGUCAGGAAGCUAAUAAACUUGCCAAGAAGUUGUUAAAAAAAAAAGAAUCAAAGAAUUGGAAAGGACAGAAAAGCAGACUACUGCAAGGCCAGAAAAUGCAUUCAUAACCCCUACCCACAAUGGACUGAUCCAGACUGCAUGUCACUAGCAGAGCAGGCACAUACACAGUGAGAAGGUGUUUACUGAGCAAUAGCUGGGGGGGGGGGGUUCAUGCAAAUUUAUCCAACAAAGACACAAUUAAAACACUAACUAAACAAGUGUUAUAACUAGCCAGACAAAGGCAAAGAAAGACAUAUUAGAUCUGCUCCUUCCUCCAGCCAAUAGGAUCUGGGUUGCCCUGCCAACUUGUCCUUUAGUGUUUGACCCCCAGGUCAGUCAUCUGUUACCUAUGAGGGGACUGACAUGUUGUUUUACUGAAAUCUUAGUGGAUGAGCAGAGGCCAUGAGAAGUGCUGCCUCUGGAGAUGCCAAAACUGGCUAAAUCUAAUGAUGCAAGCCCAACCCACAGUGUCAGCGACACAAGAUAGAAAAGUAACACAUCUCAGAAAUAAAAGGGUAAGUCAGACUCUUUGCUUGCUAUUCUGCUUGAACAUAUAUAUUGCUCUACCACUAUACUGUAUACAUUUUAAGAGUGUACUCUUGUGUUGGUAGAUUUACAGUGGUACCUCGGGUUAAGAACUUAAUUCGUUCUGGAGGUCCAUUCUUAACCUGAAACUGUUCUUAACCUGAGGUACCACUUUAGCUAAUGGGGCCUCCCGCCAUGCCGCCACCGCGCGAUUUCUGUUCUCAUCCUGAAGCAAAGUUCUUAACCCGAGGUACUAUUUCUGGGUUAGCCGAGUCUGUAACCAGAAGCGUCUGUAAUGCAUUCUAAAUUAAAGAGUAAACAAAGGGGAGAGGUGCUGAGGCAGAGGGGGAGAGAGGAAUAACUUUUAUGAAGUGUCCUGAAAAAUUGUCAACUUGCAGAAAACGAGAAGCCUGUUUGGAAAGACCUGCUUUGAUUUUUGUUUUGUUUUGUUACUGUUUUAGCUUUGAGGAAGAAAUUUGUGGUAGUUGGAUAUCAGCAGGUUGCAAAUACUGAAACAAAAAGAAUGAUAAAGUUGCCAGUAUCUUAAAAAUAAAUAAUAAGUCUAAAGUUGAAGGAUACAGUUGCACAAGGGGGCACACAGUGUCACUCUAAAGGUAAGGACUUCCAAAGAUAACAAGAAAGAAGAGGCUUAGCAGUGCGUUUUAUAUGCUCAAAUACAGUGGCAUUGCUUAAGAAACAAAUAUUAUAAACAGGGCUUGCAAGUUACAUGUGUGUGUCCUAAAAGCAUCUAUUAGGGUCAUCUUACCUUCUUACUUUAUGUUUAAUGACACUACAUUCUGUUACAACAAAUAAAUUUUAGUAUUUGUGGUUCAAUAUAAACCAUUAAUGGAGAUCAGUUCUUUAAAAAAUUGUAUCAUUUGCCCCUUUGAAUAGCUAGGCCACCUAGGAAUCAAAUGUUUACUAUUGGGACUGCCCAUUCUAAGGAUGAAAAAGAAGUUGAAAAUUAAUCCUUUUUGAAAGCCAAGCCUUUUAUCUAAACUCAUUCAGCUGUUGCAUGUACAACAUUUCUCUGAGGCCCAAAGCAUGCAGCUGCAGCUCGGAGGUUUUUCAGGACGCUAUUGUGAUCAGCCAGCCAAGGCACUGCUGUUUGAAAGGUGUGGUAAAGAUGACAAUGGAAUAGGUGUGGCAUCACAUUAAAGCAACCUUGAGGUUUCCUUUCACUCAAGUGAGGACAUGAAACAGUUGGAUAAAUAUAAAAUGGGGAUGUCAAGGAGGGAGGAGGAUUGGAAACGGAAAUGCCUUCGAAGCCAGUCAACUGGCUUGACUUAAGCACUGUGAAGUGCCUACCAGUAUAUCUGCCUUGUAACACAAUCUAUUCUACUGUAACAUAGCUGAGCACCAGAGACAAACUUGGAUGCUUUCAUUCUAAGUAACACAAUGAAAGCAGUUUGGUAACUGAAAGGACUUGCUCCAAAGCCCCAUUGAGAUUGAAAGGACGGAAUGACUUUGAUGGUGCUGUUUGUUUUGUUUUUAAGAUUAGAUUCCUUCUAUGACUCAAAGUUGUUUUUAAUGUGUGUGGGUUUUUUUAAAAAAAAGUUCACUGACUUUUUUUUACUGGUUCUGCUCCACAGAGAAUCCUCUCUCAAAUUGAAAGAAUGUACAGCUCUUAAAGGAACACUGAAUUAAGCUGCAUAAUAGAAUCAGUUAGAAAUGGUGGAUAGGAAUGGAGGAGAAAUUCAAUUCAGUUGGUAUUUAAAGCUGAAUCUAUUGAAUUCACACUUUCUAGAACAAUAUGCAAACCAAAACACAGCUAUAAUUUGAAAUUCACUCUUACCGAAAUUUUGCAAUGCAGUUCUCCAAACAAGCAAUGUUUACAAAAAUGACUAUAUUAGGGGAAAGUGUGCAUAUAAAUGAAGGUAUCGGUGAAAGUAGCAUACAAAAGUGCCUUAUAUUUGAAAAAUUUGCUCUCAAAAAUGUGUGCAUUAGUGAAAACUGCAUAUGAAAUGUGUCUGGAGAAAUUUGCACAGAAUGCUGAUGAAUCCUCAAAAGCUUUUUCUUUAAAUGCAAAUUGCUGCAAAAUGUGGAGAACUGAGAUCUUUCCAUACCUAAUGAUGGAUAUGUUGAUUGCCCACACAGUAACUUAGUUCUAUAGCAGAUGGUAGUGGUGAUGAGGCAGGACUGCGGAUUAGCUCUUUGAAGGAGUAAUUAGUGGUACUGUACAUCCACUGAAAAUAAUGGCACUAAUUUAAUUAGUGGGUCUACCCAGAAUAAAACUUAGCUGGAUGCCAUCUAUUGCUCCUAUCUGCAGAUGGAUGACAUCCCAAUUUCCUGGCCCCACAAGAACCUGAAUUUUCUUCUCAUAUAGGGUACACUGUAUUAGUAUCAGCAUAGGCAGACAUAGCAUAAUUCAUCCAAAUUUCAAUCUCACCAAUUAUCCUAUGUACCUAUAGCAUUGAAGGGAGAGUAGAAUGCAUUACUCCGCCCUAAGUCUCCUCCUCCCUAAGAGUCAGAUGACCACAGGCAAGUAGUUAAAAUCAGUAAAUGCCCACAUCGAUUUUCUUAGUAAAACACUACUGUACUGAAAAGUUAUAAACAGGGAACUUUUUAAAGGAGUUAAUUAAACUUCAAUUUAUUAUUUAUGCUUCCUUGUAAGUCCUCCCCCCCCCCAUUAUAAUCUUGGGAUAAGAAAGUAAUUAAAAGAGUGCUUUUUUCCUUGUGAGGGAAGUGCCAAGUUUCCUCAUUUCGCUGUAAACUUCCUCAUUCCAAGUGCCCAAAAUUUACUGCAGUACAGCAUGUACUUGUUGGUGUACAAUGAAAGGCAAGUCAUGUCCUUGAAGCUGACAAGCAUCAUUUGUAUUGUAAAGUAUGUACUAAUUCUGUCAUGCAUGUUUGUUUUUGCUUCAUCUCAGCUAUGGCUUUUAAUAGUAUGCUUUUGUCCACAGUAUUGUAUGGCAGAGAGAGACAGAAAGUACCUCAAGAAUUAAUCUCUAGGUCACUUUGCAAUUGAUCUUCAGGGGUUUCCAAUUCCCUUCUAAAUUAGGCUACUUAAAUGAAGAAAGUAGAGUGUAUGCACAGACCAGGAGUCGCUUUAUGAGCAUAGCUGCCAAGUUAUCCCUUUUUUAAAGGGAUUUUCCCUUAUGCUGAAUAGGCUUCCUCGCGAGAAAAGGGAAAACUUGGCAGCUAUGCUUUAUGAGUGACAGAAUUGAGAGCUGUGCUCAGACACUGUAAACAAAGUUAGAAUCCCUGCUCUAUACUGUAAUGCCAUCAGCUGGCUGGAGCUGAUGGGAGUUGUAGUCCAAAACAUCUGGAAGGCACCAGGUUAGAAAAGGCUGUUCUAGACCUUCCAUCUAGUAACAACAACUUCCUGUAACCACCUUACCUCUUGAAUACCCUCCCUAGCAAUCCUAUCUCUUCCUCAGUCAACCUCCAUCCUCUCCUUAAGUGUUGUGCCAUUUCUUCAGUCUUCUUUCAUCCCGGUUCCCUAAUUCAAGUUGCCUAACUCCUCCUCCAGGUUUUAUUUUCUUAGCCCAAUCCUUCCUCUAGCUUCCUUGCCUCCACCUGUUUGUCCCUUAAAUUCCCUAUAUACCUGGAUCUCUUUUCACUCCUCAACAUGCCUGUAAACUGCUUAAUUCCCUCAGCAACUGCACAUUCUGUAUCAUUAGGUGACCUCGGCCAAGAUCUGGAGGUUUCACCAACACAAGAAUAAAUACAAUACAGAUGGAGCAGAGGACAAAAAUUCAUGGACGCAGACAUUGCUUGAUGACACAUUUCCUUCUUCUAAAAGUGAUUGAUAAGCGCUAUUUCAAAAACACCAUUACUAGUUUUGUCUUUGGGUCUUUAUUAAACAAAUCACACGUUCAACACAUGCCUGUUAUGGUUGUGCACCAGCCUGGACAUGGAUGUUUUGUUGCCUACGGUGAUGUAAACUCCUAAGCAGUAUUGCUCAAGCUCAGAGGUUAGAUUCUGUAUAUGCUAUUUUAGAGUAUCAGAUCUUCCACCCCUCUGCACUGUGAACACAAAAAACAUUCAGGCUGAACAUAGGCAGUGUACAGGCAAUGUUGUUAGCACUAUUAAACUGAAAACUGAUCCUUUUAAAUUGAGUUCAGUUUGCUAGUAUAAUCAUUUGAGCUUCUGCCCAGAGAAACGUAAAAUCAAAACUAAGAAGAGUAAUGCUGCUGUGAAGCCUGUUAAUUGUUCUGUGCAACUGCUGUAAUUUUAAAGUGUCUCUACAGCACAAUGUAGUGAGAGUGGCUAUAAAAGUAUGCAUUUCUCUCCCUCUCUCUUUCUGUGUGUGUAUACCACAAGCUCAUUGCUUUUGCUCACUGCCAAUCCCAAAAUAAUAGAGUUAAGGACAUGCUCCCUAUGUUCCUAGGGGUAAUGAGCCUUACCUUGGGCAGCAGUUCUGGCUCAGACUUAGAUGUAUGUGGAGGGUUCAGCUAGAUUAGAAAGACCAACAGCAAAAAAUCACAGAAGAGCAUUCUCACCAAAGAUACCAAUCUUCGCACCUCACUUUCCACUUAUUUUUUUAAAAAAGAAAUAAAUUCAUUUAUUACUCUGAUACCAGAUCCCGUUGAGAAAUUUCAUUCGGAUUACAGAGACUUCC